CAACCCGGAAACGCCUCGUCUCCCGGUGGCCGCCAUAUUGGCCGGCUCCCUGGGUGCCGCCAUGUUUUGAGAGUCGUUCCCAGGAGGAGCAGCUGCCUCAGUGAGAGAAGGAAGGAGAGAAGAAAAGAAGGGAAGAGGAGGAGGAGAGGGAAGAGGAGAGGGGCUGCCUCCCUCCCCAGCGAGCCAGCCAUGUCUGAGACUUAUGAUUUCCUCUUCAAAUUCCUGGUAAUUGGAAGUGCCGGAACGGGGAAGUCCUGCCUCCUGCAUCAGUUCAUUGAAAACAAAUUCAAGCAGGAUUCCAACCAUACAAUCGGGGUGGAGUUUGGAUCAAAGGUGGUGAAUGUCGGUGGCAAGACGGUGAAGCUCCAGAUCUGGGAUACAGCUGGGCAAGAACGCUUUAGGUCAGUAACAAGAAGCUAUUACCGGGGGGCAGCAGGAGCGCUCUUGGUCUACGACAUCACCAGCAGAGAGACGUAUAAUGCCUUGACCAACUGGCUAACAGAUGCCCGGACUCUAGCCAGCCCCAACAUAGUCAUCAUUCUCUGUGGCAACAAGAAAGAUCUGGACGCUGACCGAGAAGUUACGUUUUUGGAAGCUUCACGUUUUGCUCAGGAAAAUGAGUUAAUGUUCCUUGAGACCAGCGCCUUGACCGGGGAGAAUGUAGAAGAAGCUUUCCUAAAAUGCGCUCGGACUAUACUGAACAAAAUUGAAUCAGGUGAACUGGAUCCAGAGCGGAUGGGUUCAGGCAUCCAGUAUGGGGAUGCUUCCUUGAGGCAACUGCGGCAACCCCGAGGGACCCAAGCACAGACCCGACAACAAUGCAACUGCUAGAGCCAAAAUUCAAGCAUGCUGAAAACUGUCUUGCGAGUGCUGGAAUUCAGUUGCGCUGGACCCAGGGCUGUAUGAAGCACUUUCUUCCGUUCCGUUCCCCAGGACCACGUGUCUUGUUGGCUGAAGCCCUCUUGAGCCUUUUCAAGGAACCUGGCUCCAUCUCCAUCCUGCCACCGUCCUCCCCUUCCUUCUUGCCUCGCAUCCGGAUGGAACGCUUUGCAAGUUCAGUUCUCAGGCACAGGCUUCCACGCAGGAGGUGUGCAAGGGAGACGCUGGCUUCGGUGAACUCGGGUCCCUUUUCUAUGCUGAAGGCCAAGCCCCUUCUUCCGGCCCCCCUGGGACUGUGAUGGCUUUGAGGUCUGGGGCGACAGGCUCAUCAAAGGUGGUGGGGAACCCCAGAAAGAAUCCGAGCCUCCUCAGCUCCCUCAGCCUUUGGUGCACUCAAUUACUUUUGACGUAAUAUGGCAACAAAAUAUGAUUGUGGUUUGAGGGGGCAAGAAAGGGGGGGCACUUAGGUCAUUUCGGAGAUAUUUCAUUUCUCUUCUCCCUCCUAAGCGUAAACCUUCAUUCCAUCUUUGUAGGAGAAGUUACCAUGUUUUUUGGGGGUUUUUUUUUGUGAGAGCACACAAAACAUUGCUGGGGAUCCUCAGAUGCUAUGCCCUUCCAGCCAUUUCUGAAUAUUCUGCCUUGGUGGCAAAACCAAAAGACCCCUUUCCUCCCCCUUGUAGCAUCUCUGGUGCUUGCCUGUCCAGUGAUGAGGUCCGGCCUAAAUUUCUGUCCACACCAGGUCCAAUUGUGGUGUUUUUGUUUGAUUCUUUGGUGCCACUUCUCUGAAGGUACCUCCUCGGUUUGGUUUUUUAAAAAGCUAUAAUAAGUUUGUAUGGUUUUCAGGCACUUUUUCGCUAUCUCCAGUCCCCUUGUUAUCUCCCCUUGGCUGAAUGAGAAACAACAUUGUGUGCCUGGGGUUGUGUGCUGAAUCAGUUGUUAGUUUGCUGGAAGUUCCCGGUUUGGUUUGUGAGCGCUUCUAAUAAGGAUUCUAGACAUUUUGAGCAGGAAACAUUGCAUAUGCGAUCAUGUCUCUCAUAGUGGAGGAAGGAGGUGGGCAUGACAUGUUUGUCCUUCCCUGGAGGCUUUUACAACCGUCGACUGGCGUUGUCUUGGAUUCCUGUCCACUGUCAAGCUCCUGUGCCUUAAAACCUUUGACCAGGCAACUCUGUGAAUUGCUUGUGAGUUUUUAAGACCCAGUUGCUUAGAAGAGGGGGCCCUUCAUCUCCAGAAAUGCUCACCUCUUUGGUGAGUUUUCUGUGGCCCUUUAAUUUUCCAGUGGUUCUCAACCUGGGGUCCCCAGAUGUUUUGGCCUUUAACUCCCAGAAAUCCUAACAGCUGGUAAA